AUGGAAAGUUUCAUUUCGGCCCAGACUCAGCAAAAUAAAGAGUUCCUAAACCAAGAUAUUCACAUAAAUGAACUUAUCAAACAAUUAGGAACUAAGGUUUAUUCGAUGAUCACUCACAAUAAGAUGCUUGAAAUCCAAACCUUACAAAUAGCACAACAACAAGCCCCCCAGGCCACACCUGAAGGGCAAUUUCCUGGACAACCUCAACCAAACCCCCGAGGGCAAGAUAACGUUGUUACCCUACAAAGUGGGACCACCUAUGACGAACCUGUAAAACCAGUCAUGAAAGUAGAGGAGGUAGAGAGACAAAAAGACCAGAAAGUGAAGGAUAAGGGAGAAAAUAAAGAUAAAGUUUAUGUUCCACCCUCUCCUUAUAAACCACCAAUUCUAUUUCCGCAAAGACUUAAAGAGAGAAAAAAUGAUGACCAAUAUAAAAAGUUUAUAAAAGUGAUCGAGAAACUCCACUUAGAAAUCCCUUUCACCGAAGCCAUCACCCAGAUACCAUCUUAUGCCAAAUUCCUUAAGGACAUCUUAACCAACAAACGUGGGUUGGAUGAUCCCAAACCUUUAGAAUGCAACUCCAUUGCUGAGAAUAAACUUGCUAAGAAGGAGAAAGAUCCCGGGAGCUUUUCCAUACCUUGUAUUUUAGGGAAUAAUGUUAUAGAAAAAGCGUUCCUAGACUUGGAAGCAAGCAUAAGCUUGAUGCUUUUAGCAGUUUGUAAAAGGAUAAACCUAGGAGAAUUACAACCGACUAAAAUGUAUCUUCAAUUAGCCGAUAGAUCUGUAAAAUAUUCAGUAGGCAUAUUAGAAGACAUUCCAGUUAGAAUCAAACAACUUUAUGUCCGAACAGAUUUUAUGGUAAUGGAAAUUAAAGAAGAUGACGAAGUCCCGAUCCUCAUUGGUAGACCCUUCUUAUCAUCUGUGGGAUCCAUAAUAGAUGUUAAAAGAGGAAAACUAACUUUCAAAAUGAGUGAUGAAAAGAUAGAAUUUAUACUUUCCAAAUUCCUAAUGGCACCAGUCAUAGAAGACUCUUGUUAUGCCAUUGAUAUCAUUGAUGAAUGCAUAAGGGAGCUAGAUCAAGAAAGACCUGCCGAGACAAUGAAAUAUUCCUCGACUUCCAUAAGAGAAGGCGACGGAUUUAGACUGGAGCCUCACAUGGAUGACAACCUUUAUGAAUGCUUAGCACUUACCCCGAACCAUAUGCCAUGUCCUAAGAAAUUAUCUAUAGAACUUAAGGAACUACCCAAGAAUCUAAGAUAUGAGUUUUUAGAUCAAGAACUAAAUCACCCAGUUAUAGUAAGCGCCACCUUGAAUAGAGAUGAAACAAGCCAAAUUUUAGAUAUCUUGCUAAAGUAUCCCUCACCUUUAGGAUAUAACAUAUUUGAUCUCAAAGGGAUAAGUCCAUCCGGGAGCAUGCACCGAAUCUUGAUGGAGGAAGACUCUAAACCUUCUAGAGAACAUCAACGAAGGCUAAACCCUAUAAUGAGCGACGUGGUAAAGAAAGAAGUAUUGAAACUACUAGAGGCUGGUAUAAUUUAUCAAAUUUCAUAUAGUAAGUGGGUGAGCCCUGUACAUGUGGUACCUAAAAAAGGAGGUGUCACGGUUGUGGAAAAUGAGAAAGGCGAGCAUGUAGCUAAACAUGUAGAAAAUGGUUGGCGUAUGUGCAUUGACUACAGAAAACUAAAUAAGAUGGAUACUCGGGAUUUUUCCAAAUUCCCAUUCACCCCGAAGAUCAAGAGAAAACAACCUUUACAUGCCCUUACAGAACGUUUGCCUAUAGACGAAUGCCCUUCGAACUUUGCAAUGCCCCAACCACCUUCCAACGCUGUAUGA